GUAGCGAAUAUUCUUAGAAGUAUCUACUACAUUCAAAGAAGGGAAGAGAACAGAAAGGAAAAGAAAAAUGAACAUGUAUAUAUACGCUGUGUGUUUUUCAUCUAAAUGUAGCUGACGAUGAUUACAGGUGUAAUUGAAAGCUUCUGUUUUAAAUAAAAAUUUUAAAACUAUGAUUGUUGAAUUAAUACAAUUAAUCUUAUCUUCUUUCUAGAGGGAAUGUCCCUAAAUAGAACGAAAAAAUCUGAAUACUACUGCAAAUGUAUACUCGGAUUCAUGAAGAUAGCCCAACCAUUACAUAAAUUCGCACCGACCACGAAAGAACAACGCUGUAAAAAGUCAAAAUCUUUACCCGUUACUUUAUCCGAUGACGAACUCAACGCAUUCAACGAACUGAAGCGAAUCGUGACUACCGAUCUUGUAUUACGCAUUCCAAACGAACAAUUUCAAAAUACAAACCGAUGUAUCCAAAGUUGGAAUAGGAGCUGUCCUACUGCAGACUCAUUCCAAUGGUGAUCGCCCGAUUGCAUAUUUUUCCAGAAAGUUAGCACCAACACAGAUGCACUGGCCUGCCACAGAACAAGAAUGUUAUGCCAUCAUAUCAGCAAUUGAAAAAUGGCAUAAAUAUCUUGAUGGACGUCCAUUUAUUAUUGAAACAGAUCAUAAACCAUUAUUACCAUUUUAUUUAAAACAACAACUGAAUUCAAAAUGCGAGCGAUGGCGUUUACAAUUACAGCAAUACCAAUUCGCCGUUCAUUAUAUUAAGGGCAAACACAACACCGUAGCCGAUUAUUUAUCACGUUCGCCUGUCGAUGAUGCCACGAACGACGAAGAUGAUUACCUCCCAACCACAUCCCGAGGGACACAAACCGAAAAUUCUACACCACUACAGAUGGUAGCACCCGUUGUCACCCGAGCGCAAUCAAAACAAUAUGAUAAGAGGACUGAUCGUUAUGCAACGGAUCAGACCUGUGAUCAACUGUAA